AUGGCCACCCGCCGGUGGUACCUCGAGACCUCUCCGGACGGCCGGUACCAGUUCGUGUCUCUCAAGCGCUCCCGCUCUCACCACCACGACCGUCGCCACCACCAUCACCAUGAACCCGAGCCGCAGCCGCAGCCCCACCGCUGCUGCCGCGACGACUGUCCGCAUAUAUCCCGAGAGGAAUGGAACGACCUCGUGGAGCGGGAGCGCAAGCUCCGCGAGGCCAACGACUGCCUGACCCGCGACAACUACUCGCUCAAGUGCAGCCUCCAGGCCUCCAACAACGAGGGCCAGCGCCUGAGCGGCCUCGUCACGGCGAUGCAGGCCGAGAACCAGCUCCUGCGGGAGGAGAACGCGUCGCUGCGCUGCUCGAUCGAGAACUCGGGCGACAACGCCGCCAAGUACCUGCGCGAGCUCGAGCGGCUGAAGAGCAAGCUGGGGAGGGUGGAGAGGGAACGGGACGGGCUGAUCGCGCGGGUGAAGGAGCUCUCGCGUCACGCACACCACGGCAUAUCGGAGCGCAUCGAGGACCUGAAGCGGCUGGUGCUCACGUGGGAGAGGAAGUUCGACGCGGUGGAUGACCACAACAAGAGGUUGCGGCGGGAUCUCGAGGCGCAGCGGUGCUUCAUUGAUGACCAGGAGGCGAAGAUCCGGGUGUACGAGCGGAUUCUUCGUCGGCAUGGCUUCAUUCGGUUCGAGUGA